AUGAGUGAUUUGCGUAACUUUUUCAAUGAAUUGUUUCAAUUCAAUAUUCCUUUCGAUGAAUAUCAAACAAAAGAUGAAUAUAUUUUAGUUGGUGAUGUUGCAGGUGUUUCUAAAGAAAACUGGAAUGUCAAUUAUCACAAUGGUAUAGUCAAGAUAUCAGGUUCGAGAGAGUGUCAAAAGAAUAUCAAUAUGUUCACCGAGAGAUGGUGUGGAACAUUCACAAGAGACUUUGUAUUCCCAGGCGCUACUACCGAUAAAAUCACCGCUCAACUAAAAGAUGGUGUUCUCGAAGUGAAAGUACCAAAAUCAGAACCAAAGAAACCUGCUGGUACUGAUAUUCAUAUUCAAUAA